AUGGAGUCCGCGCGCGGCCCGCCGAGGGUCAAAAACAAGGCCCCCGCGCCGGUGCAGAUCUCAGCCGAGCAGCUACUUCGCGAAGCUGUCGACCGACAAGAGACUGCCAUCCAGAAACCCGUCCAACGGUUCGCCGACCUCGAAGAGCUCAAGGAGUACCAGGGCCGGAAGCGCCGCGAGUUUGAGGACUACAUUCGCCGCAACCGCGUCCGCCUCGCAAACUGGUUUCAAUACGCCCAGUGGGAGCUCGAGCAGAAGGAGUUUGCGCGCGCCCGAUCCGUCUUUGAGCGCGCCCUCGACGUGCAUCCGAACAAUACUCAGCUCUGGGUCAGGUACAUUGAGGCCGAGAUCAAGAACCGCAACAUCAAUCAUGCGCGCAAUCUCCUGGACCGCGCCGUCACCCGGCUGCCGCGCGUCUCCAAGCUCUGGUACAAGUACUUGUGGGUCAUGGAGAUGCUCGGCGACAUCCCGGGCACCCGCCAGGUGUUUGACCGCUGGAUGAAGUGGCACCCCGACGAGGACGCCUGGAACGCCUACAUCAAGCUGGAGAAGCGCUACGGCGAGUAUGACCGGGCGAGACAGAUCUUCCGUGCCUUCACCGCCGUGCAUCCGGAGCCGAGGACGUGGCUGAAGUGGGCCAAGUUCGAGGAAGAGUUCGGGACCAGCGAUAUGGUGCGCGACGUGUUCCAAACCGCCAUCCAAACCAUCGCCGAGACCGUAGGCGACGACGAGGUGGACGAGAGGCUCUUCAUCGCCUUCGCCCGCUUCGAAGCCCGCCAAAAGGAGUAUGAGAGGGCGCGCGCAAUUUACAAGUUUGGCCUUGACAACCUCCCACGGUCACGAUCUAUGGCGUUGCAUUCACACUACACCACAUUCGAGAAGCAGUUUGGUGACAAAGAGGGCGUGGAAGACGUCGUUCUCACCAAGAGGAGGCGGCUUUACGAGGAGCAGGUGAAGGAGAACCCCAGAAACUAUGACGUAUGGUUCGAUUUUGCCCGGUUAGAAGAGAUGGGAGGGGACCCAGACCGGGUCCGGGAGGUGUACGAGCGGGCCAUUGCCCAAGUACCGCCUACCCAGGAGAAGCGCCACUGGAGGCGGUACAUCUUCCUCUUUCUCUUCUACGCGAUAUGGGAGGAGCAAGAAGCCAAGGACAUCGAGCGUGCCCGGCAAAUCUACGACACCUGCUUGGGCCUCAUACCUCACAAGAAGUUCACCUUUGCCAAGGUAUGGAUUGCUAAGGCACAUUUUGAGAUCCGCCAAGGGCAGCUGACUGCCGCCCGGAAAGCCCUUGGGAGGGCUAUUGGUAUGUCCCCAAAAGACAAGCUCUUCAAGGAGUACAUCUCGCUGGAGCAGAGGCUGUACGACUUUGAGAGGUGUCGCACCCUGUACGAGAAGCACGCGCUUUACAACCCCGCAAACUGCCAGACAUGGAUCAAGUGGGCCGAGCUGGAGCGAGGGCUGGAUGACCUCGACCGGACCCGGGCCAUCUUCGAGCUCGCCAUCAGCCAGCCGAUCCUGGACAUGCCCGAGGUGGUCUGGAAGGCCUACAUCGACUUUGAGGAGGAAGAGGGCGAGUACGACAGGACGCGCGAGCUGUACGAGCGGCUCCUCCAGAAGGCCGACCACCCCAAGGUCUGGAUUAGCUACGCGCAGUUCGAGAUAAAUAUCCCCGAGGCGGAGGAAGAAGAGGGACAACAAGAAGGGGAGGAAGCCGAGGAGCGGCCGGUCAGCGAGGAGGCCAAGGCCCGGGCGCGCAAGAUAUUUGAGCGGGCGCACCAGAGCAUGAAGGACCGCGAGCUCAAGGCGGAGCGCGUGUCGCUGUUGUCGGCCUGGCACGAGUUCGAGAAGAUGCACGGCUCGCUCGAGGACAUCAAGAAGAUUGAGAGCCAGCUGCCGCGCAAGACCAAGAAGAAGAGGAAGUUGGACGACAACACGUGGGAGGAGUACAUCGACUACAUCUUCCCGGCCGACGACCAGCAGGCCAAGAACUUGUCGAACCUGUUGGCCAUGGCCAACGCUUGGAAGCAGACUGGAGGGAGGAUCAUUGGCGGCGACUGAGAGGGUGUUUCGGGGUGACAGAGCCGAGUCAAUUGGUAGGGCAGUUAAGGGCCCUCAUAGAACAGGAGCCAGCCUGCGCUGGACUAGGCAAGUUGAACUCAGGACCGAAGUUAAUGGGCUAGUUUGGGAAGAGUGUCCUAGCAGUUGAUGGCUGCACUGCCAUAAUGAAUACAUCAUUCACAAUUCUUCCUUCGC